AUGAGAGAAAAAGUAAUAAGUGUAAUAAAUAAAGAAUGUGAACAUAGGGCGUAUAAAUUAUUACAACAUGUUAUGUACCGAUACAUUGGUUCCUUAAAUUAUCAAAAUUGUCGCCAUUCGCAUUCAAAAUUAAAAUAUGAAAAAAAUACAAAAUUUAAAGAAGAACUAUAUAAAUAUCAUUAUGAGCCAUAUAUAGAUAAUGUAAAUUCAAGACCAUGUUUAUAUUUGAAAGAUGAUGAAGAAAAUGUCCUUUAUGAUAAAAAAUUGAAAAAAAAUUUUCCUUUUAUUUAUAGUAACCAAGUAAAAAAUAUCGAGGAAAUAAAACAAACAUCAUUAACUUUGGUUAAUAUAAAAAAUAAUAAAAAUGAAUCAUUCGGGGUUGCAACAUUUAAUCCUUAUGCUUUAAUUACUGCAAGAAUAAUAAGUACCAAUCAUUUGUUUACUAUUAAUAUUCAUUUUUUUAUUGAACGAAUAAAACAAAGUUUAUUAUGGAGAUCAAAAAUAAUAAAUGGUGAAGCAGCUUUAAAAAAAAAAUUUGAUCAAACAUUUUUAUCGGACCAAAGCUUGCCAAUAAAUAAUAAUUCACCAAAUCAAAUCUUUCAAAUCAACAAAGAAGAUAAUAUCCAUACAAACCCUCUUAUUUCUCAAUUUUCAUAUCCUCAAUUAAAUAGUAGCAAUUGUUAUAGACUUAUUAAUAGUGAAGGGGAUCAUAUUCCUGGACUUAUAAUCGACAGGUAUGAUGAUAUAAUUAGUAUACAACAUUUAACACUAGGAUGCGAAAUGAUGGCUUGUAAUAUUAAUGAUGCAAUUAUUGAAUUAUUAAAUCCAAAAGCUAUUAUAUUUAGAAAUGAUAAUAAAGAACGAUUAAAUGAAAAAUUAGAAAUAUAUAAAAAAGUUGUUUAUGGAAAAUUUUCUGAACACGUCAUAUUAAAUGAAAAUGGAUGUUUUUUUAUAAUAGAUCUUAUUAAUUCUCCGAAUACUGGAUGGUUUUUUAAUAGACAACAUUUAAGAAAUAUUAUAUCUAAUUAUGCUUGUCAAAAAAAUGUUCUUGAUUUAUUUUCUUAUGUUGGUUCCUUCGGUAUUCAAUGUCUUAAAAAUGGAAAAGCAAUGCAUGUCACAUGUGUAGAAAAAGAUAAACAUUUUGUUCAGCUAGCUAAACAAUCCGCUAUUAUAAAUAAUAUUGCACACGCUCCUAUGGAAAAUAGUGAACAAAGUAAUAUCGAAUUCAUAUGUUUAGAUGCUAUAACAUUCUUAAAAAAUUGUAACAAGCUUUUUGAUAUAAUCAUUUUGGAUCCUCCUAAUCUUAUCCCAAAAUCUAAGUUUAUUGAGUCUGGGACAAAAAAGUAUAUCGAUUUAAUUAACUUAACACAAAAUUAUGUCACCCCAAAUGGAUUAAUACUUAUUAUAUUCACCACAAAAUUACUUUCCUAUCAAAAUUAUAUAAACAUUAUUAACACAUCAUUUCAUCAAUCUAAAAAAAAUGUUAAAAUUGUUGGACAAGGUCGCGCUUCCCCAGAUCACCCUGUUAAUUUAUCCUUAUAUCAAUUUUCCGAUUUUUACUGGUUUUUAUUACAAGUUGAUUUUUAA